CAUUGACUCGUUCGCGGGUGUGUCGCCAUGGACAAAUUAAAACAGAGGCUGGAACGAGAUCUCCACUUUGUGGAGGGUGCCUUCAAAGACUCGGGUUUACACGAUGCCACAGCCAAGGCAUACCAUCUCAAGCACCAGAUGGGAAAGUUCUUCAACCUGGUAAACCCUAACCAUCGUCAUGACGAGGAACACGAGCAAGCGACAGACAGGAAGAGAAGUGCAAUUGCGGAGUCCCACCGAUAUGAGUCGUUUGCCCCGGUUCACGAGAACAACAAGGUCAAAUGGUAUGUCGAUGCGCUGGACUACCUCUGGGCAGUUUCCAUCGCCCUUGAGAACGCCAAAGAGGUCAUCUACAUUGAAGACUGGUGGCUUUCCCCCGAGUUGUUCCUUCGACGACCCCCGUUUGUGAACCAGGAAUGGCGACUUGAUCAAAUACUCAAACGCCGUGCGGAAGCCGGUGUGAAGAUCUAUGUGAUUGUGUACAAGGAGGUGAACCAAGCCCUCACUUGCAACUCGGCCCACACCAAACAUGCGUUGGAAAGUCUGUGUCCCGAAGGAAGCCCUGGUUACAACAAUAUCCGAGUCCUUCGACACCCGGAUCACAACGUUUUCGAGAAUGGUGCUGAUAUGACAUUGUACUGGGCACACCACGAGAAGUUUAUUGUCAUUGAUUACGAGUUGGCCUUUAUUGGUGGUAUUGACCUGUGUUUCGGAAGAUGGGAUGCUAACCAGCACCCGCUGGCUGAUGUCCAUCCCUUGAAUAUGGAGAAUGAAGUCUUCCCAGGCCAAGAGUUCAACAAUAACCGUAUCAUGGAUUUCCAGAGCGUGGAGGCGUGGCAGGAUAAUGAAUUGAGCAAGGCCGAAUAUGGCCGAAUGCCAUGGCACGAUGUUGCCAUGGGCUUGAUCGGAGAUUGCGUUUACGAUAUCGCCGAACAUUUCGUCCUACGCUGGAACUUUAUCAAACGUGAUAAGUAUAAGCGAGACGAGAGCGUCGAUUGGCUCUUACUCGAAGGGCGCACCGGUGACGAUGAAGAUCUUGUCGCUGUUCAACGUCCAAAAUUCCCCGUUGGUGACUAUGUUCAGCAUCCCUUUACCCCAUUGAGCUCCAAACCCCACGGCAAUCAAGGAAGCGUGCGGGCACAGAUCGUGCGCAGCAGCGCCGACUGGAGUAGUGGGAUUUUGCCUGAGCACAGCAUUCAAAACGCCUAUUAUGAGAUCAUCAGCAAUGCUCAGCACUACGUUUACAUUGAAAAUCAGUUCUUCAUCACCUCUACUGGCGAUAAGCAAGCACCUAUUCAUAAUCUGAUUGGGCGUGCUAUCGUCGACGCCUGUGUCCGGGCCGGUAAGGAAGGAAGAAAGUUCAGAAUUAUCAUUUUGAUCCCAGCAAUUCCCGGUUUUGCUGGAGACCUCCGGCAGAACGAAGCUGCUGGCACCCGUGCGAUCAUGGACUACCAAUACAAGUCUAUCUGCCGUGGCGAGCACUCCAUCUUUGGGCAGAUUUCUGCGCAAGGAGUUGACCCAAGGGAACACAUUUUCUUGUUUAACCUGCGUGCAUAUGACCGUAUAAACAAGACCCCCGCUUUGGUGGAGCUUGAGAAGGAGGCUGGGGUGAGCUACAAUGACAUCCAACGUGGUCUGGCCGAAUCCAUCAUGAGUGAUAGUGUCCACCCCGCCAUCGGAAAGGCAGGUGACAAGAAUGAGAAGAGCUACGAUACCGGUAAUGCGGAGAAGGAAGAACGCAUUGAUCGACUACGCAGAUUUGAGGAAAAGCGCCGCCACCAUGAUACAGGAGAGGAAGUCAGCAAGGAUACUGUUGCUCACACGACCAUGCUCCACGGGGGCAAGAUGUCAGACGAGCCCUGGCAGGGAGACCCCGAGGAUGAGAAAGAAAACUUUGUCCAAGAAGAGCUCUACAUUCACGGCAAGGUGCUCAUUGCCGAUGACAGAAUUGCUAUCUGUGGUAGUGCCAACAUCAAUGAUCGGUCGCAACUUGGAUUCCACGACAGUGAACUUGCUAUCGUCAUGGAAGACCAAGAUUUCAUCCACACAACGAUGGAUGGCAAGCCGUACAAGGCUGGACGCCACGCCGCCACACUUCGACGACACCUGUGGAGAGAACAUCUUGGUUUGUUGCCCUCGCAAGACUAUGAUGCCUCGAAACACCCCAACGCCCAGCCCCCGAAUGUCUGCAUGAACGCCAACGAAGAGGGUCCCGAAGACGACUUUGUCGUGGAUCCCCUCAGUGAGUCACUUUGGAAUAUGUGGACUGAGCGCGCCACCGUCAACACGGAAGUAUACAGAAUGCUCUUCCGCGCAGACCCGGAUGACAAGAUCCUAAACUUCGACGACUACGACACCUUUACCCCUCGCGGUGGAUCGAAGCAGGGACAUCUAUUCGACCCUUACCGGCCCGUCAAGGAAGUGAGAGAACACCUCGACAAAAUCAAGGGUCACCUCGUCUGGAUGCCUUUGGAGUUCCUGAAGGAUGCCGAGAUGGCGGAGCCUGGUCUAUCUGUGAACCAGAUCACCGAGAGUAUCUACACAUGAGCAACGAACUUUUUUUUUU